GCUGCAUGAGCGCUUUAUAAAGAACAUCAGCUGCAUCCAGACUCAGAAUCCUACUCUCUCUCAGACUCAUUCAUCUCUCUGCAGAGGACCACCAUCAUGACUCCAACUUUCCUCUUCCUCCUCAUCCUCUCACUGACGGAUGUUUCUAUGAGUGCACCGAUUGACAGUGAAGAUCAAACAGGCCAAUCGAUGGACAUCAUGCUAAGACCCCAAAUUGACCCAAAGUCACCUGUGUUGGAGGAUGAUAUUGCUUUGCCGGAUACUUCCAGCAGGAACGCAGACCCAUGCACUGCCACAGGCUGCAAGUGGCCUAAAACUGGACACAAAGUCUAUGUGCCUUACUACAUCUCUACUAACUACACUCCUGUAGAGCGUUACACCAUAAUAAAAGGUCUGCAAAGCUUUAUUCCGUUCACCUGCAUUCGCUUUGUCGCGUGGAAACCAGAUGAUCAUCAUUACCUCUCCUUUGAAAGUAGAGAUGGGUGCUGGUCCUAUGUGGGUCGUCAAGAAAAUGGACAAAUUAUCUCGCUGGAAAAACCGGGCUGUGUGUACCACUCCACAGUGCAGCAUGAGGUUCUUCACGCUCUGGGAUUCCACCAUGAGCAGAAACGCUCUGACAGAGACGAAUAUAUCAGGAUUCUCUUCGAGAACAUUAAGCCAGAAUUUAAACAUAACUUUGAUAAAGUGGAGACAAACAACUUGAUGACUCCUUACGACUUCAACUCCGUCAUGCAAUACAACAAGUACGUCUUCUCCAAAAAUGAGAUGCCAACCAUGGUCGCCAAGUGUGAUCCAAAUCUUGACUUUGGACACGCCACGGAAAUGAACAAGAACGACAUUAUUCGUGUCAACAGGCUCUAUAACUGCUGCUCGAAGAAAACACCCUGUACAAUUUCCAACUGAAUCACUUAUGCUGUUACUUGUGCUUCAGACUUCACUUACAGGGAAACUGGUGGAUGAUGAUUGUAUAGCAUCUCAUUCUGUCAAGUUCUAGCCCUGAGGGGUAUUCCAAAAAGUGGGUUUACUAGUAUAGCUGGCUAUAUUAACCUGCACUAAACGGUAAUCUUGGGAUUUCUGUUCCAAAAUGGCUAAUUUAAGUAAGUUAAUAUGGAAACAUAUGCUGUGAACAGCCUGGUAGGGAGUAGGUCUUGCUCAGGCCAAGCUUGAAAUAUCUCCAGCUUUUCAAGUAUUCCAUUUCCAGGUCCGCCUUUGCAAUCUGGCACUGGAGGUGGACUUCAUAGUUACCUUGCAGUGAGGGAUUGUUGCGGUCGCCCUGAACCUGUCUUCCAUACCUCAGACCACUUCUUAUUAGCUGUGAAAUAGGUACUUCUCAUUGUGGUGAGCCUAGAGCAAUAUGGAAAUUAUUGGGAAUUAUUGACUUUGCUGGAAAUCCUCGGCCAAGCGUCACAGUGGGUGGUGGCGGAUGCAGCUGUUUUUAUUUUUUCUGAUUAUAUACAUUUGCUUGCUUCUGUUUUGCUUUAAAUUUGGAAUAAAUAUUACACUUAAAGCUGAUUGUCUUGUGUCAUCUAAAGUAAA